ACGGUAAGAAUCGUACCAUUUCUGUAAAGGAAUCGUACCAUUAAGAUUAUUUAUCUCGCAUUCGUGAAUGAGAAAUGAAUAACUUAAGGAGGGAGUCUUGUCCAGCUAAUGUAUUUUUCUAAUGCAUAUAAUUGCCAGAUAUAAUUAAUUUUUGUUAUUUAAACUUUUUUUACAUAUAAAGGGACGUUCAAAGAAGAAAAUUUAAUAGUGUAGAUUUACUGUGAAUGUAUACAUAUAUAGAUAUAGUAGUCGCAAGGAAAGGAUUCGGUCAAAACGGUGGGAUACGUGGAGCCCUGGGAAAACAUUUGAUAGGUAAAAUCAGAAAAUUUUUUUCUUUAGUAGGUACGUAACAUGCGCAUGAACCUCAGUUUGCAAAAAAAAAUUGUUAAUUGCAAAAAUGGCGGCAAAAAACAUGAAAAUGAACGAUACAUGUCGGCCGUUAUUUUGCAAUAAUUUUAUGCUAUAAUAAUAAUUCAUUAAGAGUCGAGGUUCAUAAGCAUAUAAACUUAAUUAACUUCAAUUUAAGCAUUGGAUCAAGUGAAUAGGAUAAAAAUUCGAUGAGCUAUGCGUCCCACCUUUUUGACCGAAUUCUUUCCUUGCGACUACUAUAUCUACAGGGUGUCCCAAAAAUGUUGUAACACCUUGAAAUGGGUGGUUCGGGAGGUGAUUUGAAACAAUUAUUUCCUUAGCAAAAAUGUUGUCCGAGGCUUCGUUGAGGAGAUAUUAACGGAAAACACUGACCAAUCAGAAUGCGAAUAUACCGUCGGAGCGGCCGCGGUAGCGUAUGAGCGCGGCCGCCUAUCACGUAGACUACGCUCAACCGGCAUACUCGCGCUCUGAUUGGUCGGGGUUUUCCGUUUAUAUCUCCUUAACGAGGCCUCGUACAACAUUUUCGCUAAGGGAAAAGUUGUUUCAAAUCACCUCCUGAACAACACCUUUCAAGGUGUUACAAAAUUAUUGGGACACCCUGUAUAACGUUUUCAUAGUUAUCAAUUAACAUUAAUCAACUACUGUGCGAAUAUAUCGUUAUUCGACUUACCUGAAAGUUUAUCGCGAUAACAUCGUAAACGGUGAAAAGAAACUCAGGAGACAGCAAAAUUUUCACGCUAAACGCACAGUACGCACUUUUGAAAGGGAAAACUAAUUCUGCCAUGAACCGAUCGAAUCGACGUAAAGACGUUAAUCGAAUAUUUCGUUCGCAGGUACGAUGAGGCGGUGGAAUGCAUCCUAAACGAUAAACUCGAAACAGCGGCGCGCAUCAUUUAUAGCAGUAAACUCACCAAAUAUUUCACGGAAGCGUAUAUUUUACUCGGUGACAGUUUCUUUAGACGCGGAAACGACGACUUGGCGUUGGAGAUGUACCUGAAAUGCCGCGAAAAAAUGCGGAAGCUUCGUCUACCGGCUUCUCGAAAUGCUAUCGAUGUAACGGAACGCAUAAUCGAUAUCCUGAACGAUCGCGCGAAAAUAGCGGUAUCUAAGGGGCACUCGAAAGAUGCUAUUAUUCUAACCAAGCAGGUUCUUCGAAUACUCGACGAGGAUCAAGUGGAAUUAAAUAAAUUAGGACCUCAACGAGGCUGUGCACUUUUACACAAAGCUCGUGGGCUUUUUCAAAUGGAAAUUAAGUCGAAAGAACGCAGUAAAGAGUGCUGCGAAUCGGUAGCCGACAGCUUGAGAUUCCUGCGCGAAUUAUGCGAUACGGGGCUCUAUCGAUCUUUGUAUGGCAAUCGAUGUACAGAAGACACCAUUGACAAAUUCGCGCCAAAACGAAAACUCCCGCGCUCGCUUAAAAUUCUGAUGCAAUAUUCUUAACUAAUGAAACACUUUGAAUGUGUUAACUUCUUCGUUAAUUCCUUUAUUCCUCUUUUUUUAAUAUUUUAAUCUGUUGACAGUUUUGUCGCAUAUAUUACAAAUAUAUUGCAAAUAAAGAGGAAGAAAAAAUAUAAGUUGAAUUGUUUAAUUAUGACAGUAUUAUUGAAAAAUUACACUGUAUAGGAUAGGCUAAUAAAAGAUGUACCAAUUUUCAAAUAUUAGGUGAACCGGAAAAUAAUGUCGUUUUUGCAAUUUUAAAUACCUGUUUAUCGUUCAUCACCUCAUUGAUUUUUAUCGAUCUGGCAUUGACAAUUUGCACACUAGAUGGCAAAAGGCUAUUGAUAACGGGAGCGAUUAUACAAUUAAUAAUUAAAAAUAGAAAUUUAUAAAAAAUUUGUUUGAAUUUAAUGUAAAAGAAACGACAUUACUUUCCAUUCCACCUAAUAUAAUUCUUAAAACACAUAGCAUACACAUGUAGUAAUAAUACAAAUAAAAGAUGUAAAGGUAAUACAUCUGAUGCAAUAUUUGAAAAGAAUUUCAUUGAAGAUAUCUGUAUCUUCUUCUUAUAGUAAACAUACGAUGUCCCCACAUUUUAAGCAACGUUUGCAUGUAAUUAAAAUUGAAAGGGAGUGGUAAUCUCUAGAUUAAAGAUAUCGAGAAAUAAAUGAUUCUUUGGAACGUUUUUCAAAUGAUGAAAUAUAAAAUUAAGUCAUUUUAAGUCCUUUAUUUUAUAAGACAUGCUAUAUACAUAAAUAUGUAUUAGGUUGCCCUAAAAGUUUCUUUCGUGAGUUGCAUUCAAUUAUUUACUAUGGCAGUGUUUAUAUAAAUAGGCAAUCUAAUUUCUUAGACAUUGAUGCUGUAACAGUAAUGGAGCGAAAUGAAUUGUACACAAUUUUGUAAUGUAACAUAAAACAUAAAGUAUUGUGUAUAUAUUAAUUAUUAAUAAAACGAAUGAAACUUUUGGGACAACCUAAUACAUAAUAUUUUAUUGUAAGGAAGGAACAAUUGAAAUAAUUUCUAAAUUAAAGCAAAAUUUAUCUCAAUAAAACCGAGUCUGUUUCAUGGCAAAAUACCAUUCUAUCUUAUGUCUCCCAGUGGUCUUAUGUCUCCCAAUGGAUCUAUCAGCUCGUUUAUUUUCUGAGAAUAACCCAAUAUCGUUUUUUAUGUUACUCGCUACGCUACAACAAUUGUAAGCGUGUAAACGGCGGUGAAAUAUCUUGAGUCUUAAGAUUAACGCGACCUCGGUAAUCUUGGGCCACAAUUUCACUUCGGUAUAUAAGGCGUGACAUUCCAAAAUGCAGACAACAAAUUGCGUGAUUGAAGUUCCAGAGUUGUCGUGCACGUUCGCGAAUCAAGAAAUCUCAAAAAAAUUCCAAUGGAUCAGAAAGCCAUGUCUGAGAAAGUAAUCCUCAUCACCGGUGCCAACUCUGGCAUUGGUAAGAGCUUGACAGAGCUUAUGGUUAGCAUGGGAAUGAAAGUUGUGGGCAUCGCUCGUCGUAUGGACAAGUUAAAGACACUUGCCGAAGAACUGAAAUCACAGCCAGGCAAGCUUAUUCCUCUUCAGUGCGACCUUACUAACCAAAUGGACAUCCGGAAUACGUCGGAAUGGAUCGAGAAGAACCUGGGUACCGUAGACAUCCUGAUCAACAGCGCCGCAAUUAAUAUAGACCUCACGAUACAAAACAGCAAUAUGGAAGACUGGAAGAAGACUCUUGAUGUGAACUUGCUUGGGUUGAUUGCCAUGACCAAAGAAACAUUGAACAUGAUGAAGAAGAAAGGAAUGAACAAUGGUAUGAUCGUGAACAUGAAUGAUACAUGUGGAAUGAGGAUGCCAACGAUGCUUGGAGGUCCAAUGGUGCCUAAAGGUCCAAUGUCCCCCGCUUAUAUCGCCAGCAAGUCCGCUUUAACAGCCUUCACGGAAAACCUUCGCAUGGAACUAGCGCAACAGGAAUCGAAUAUUAAAGUCAUGUCCAUUUCUCCUGGCUUGGUGGAGACUGAGAUGACCACACAGUGGCUGAAGCAGAACCCACGCAUGGCGUUGAAACCCAGAGAGGUAGCCAACGCUAUUCUCUUCGCAUUGCAGACUCCGGACACCGCUCUGGUCAAGGAACUUAUAAUUACACCCCUUCGUGAAACAAUGUAAAAAUGAAUCUACCUGCUCUUUUCUUCGCUAUAGUUUCACACACGAUAUCAAUUAACUCAGUGAACAUACGUAAAAUAAAUACUUUAAAGUACAUUACUCGAGCGUUAAGAUAUUUAAGACGUUGUUUGUAAUUUAAAAAAUAACGAGGCGAAAAAGAUAUUAAAAAAUGCUUGCUUGCUUCUAAACCUGUAGAAGAUACUCUUCUCUCGAUCAUCCAAAAAGAACUAUCAACAGAAGAUUAAGACAUUACACUUUCAUGCCUUACUUUGUGUUACUCACCAAGUAAAACCGUAGACGUUUCAGGAUCUCUAUUUCCUUAGAUAGUGGAACCCACUUUUCUUCAGAGAUAAUAAUAAUCUUCAUUGUUCCCUUUUGGGUUACAAUUCUUCAGGGAUGAGAAAUAAAUUUACAAAUUGAGAUACAAUAAACCGAUACACUAAUUUCAUACAAUCAAAAUAGUUCAUUGUACAUCUUAUGUUAAAAGAAAUUAUUUUAGUAGCCAAUACAUGUUUAAAUAUAUUAAUUAAUAAACGAUGUUUCAUGCUCAAACAAAUAUGUUUUUAUUAAUUGAAAAUCGAAAUAUCGAUGUUUUACAAUGAAUAAGAACAUACUGCUUGUUUGAUUCCAAUACACUGUUUAUAAGUACAUAUAUUUUAAUACGCGUUUUGUAUCAAGUUAGAUAAUACUUCAGUUAGAUCUAUAUCUUAGAAAUAAUAUUCAUCAAAUUCCCUGUAAUCUUUAAUUCUUGUCUCCAGUAUAAAAAGACAAUAGAUAUUAACCACGUAAUCAUAAAAGAGAUACUUCUGAAUAAGACACAUUAGCCGAGGAAAGGAAUUCAGGAUAUUUAAAAACAUACUAUUGAUUAAUAAUGUAUGUAAAUUUUUUAUUGCCUCUUCUUGAGUAGUCGACGAUUAGGAGCUCUGUAAAAUUUCUUUUAUCGUCGAAGGAUAAAAAAAAUAACUUAAUGCCAAAACAUAACAGUUAAUCAUCUAUUUGAAAGGAGACUGGAAGCUAUCAUGGAAAGGUUAAUACUACUACCAGGAUGACAGACGCUCGAACUGCCAACAUAUAUGAAAGACAUUUUUUAAGAGUUUAAACGUGUGUAAGCUGAACGUAAGAACAUGAACGAUUAAUUCAAACACACUUAAACAUCUUUCAAACAGACGAGUAUUAUGUAUCUGUUAUUUGAAAAUUUUUGUGCAGGUGUAAAUAUUAUUGGUUUCUCUGAAAGGAAUGUUUAGUUAGAGUCUAGCAGGAGUCUAUUUACUAAAUACUUUUCAAUGUUUUAGCUGCAUGUUAAUCCUUUCCACAAGCUGAAACUAAAAUA